CAGGCUGAACCGGGAGGAGCUCAUUUGGGGUGUUGUGAAUUCGUGGAACCAAGAAACCUUGAGUGGGAGUUGUCGGGCCGAUUUGUUGUGUGUUUUCUUUGCCAAUUCGCUCCGAUACCCGAAGCGUCAGUCGCGGCUAUGCCCGGAAUAGAGAAGCUGCCCUUGGAGGAGACGUUGGAGGACAGUCCGCAGACCCGCUCCCUGCUGGGAGUGUUUGAGGAGGACACUGCCGCCAUCUCCAACUACUGCACACAGCUCUAUCAGGCCAUGCAGAGGAUUUAUGAUGCACAGAAUGAACUGAGUGCAGCGACACACCUGACCUCCCGACUGCUGAAAGAGUACGACAAACAGCGUUUUCCUCUAGGGGGCGAUGAUGAGGUGAUGAGCUCCACCCUGCAGCAGUUUGCUAAGGUCAUUGAUGAGCUGAGUUCCUGUCACGCUGUCCUGUCCACCCAGCUGGCCGACGCGAUGAUGUUCCCCAUCUCUCAGUUCAAGGAGCGAGACCUGAAGGAGAUCCUCACGCUGAAAGAAGUCUUCCAGAUAGCCAGCAACGAUCAUGACACGGCAAUUAACAGAUACAGCCGCCUGUCGAAGAGGAGGGACAAUGACAAGGUUAGAGCGGAGGUAGUGGAGGACGUCUACACCUCACGCAAGAAGCAGCACCAGACGAUGUUGCACUACUUCUGUGCCCUGAACACACUGCAGUACAAGAAGAAGACGGCUCUGCUGGAGCCACUACUGGGCUACAUGCAGGCUCAGAUCAGCUUCUUUAAGCUGGGCUCUGAAAACCUCACCCAGCAGUGGGAGGAUUUCCUGGGAACAAUAGGAACCAGCGUCCAGAACGUGCGCCGGGAGAUGGAGGAGGAGGUGGGGCAGAUGCAGGAAAACAUCCAGCAGAUGGAAAGGUCAUGUGACCCUCUGUAUGCACCAUGUGACCCUGACCCCGCCCACUCGCCCGUUUGUCGCAAUUUAACCAGGAAGCAAGGCUACCUUUACAUCCGCAAUAAGACGGGCCUUGUGUCAUCGUCAUGGGAACGUCAGUACUUCUUCACGCAGGGAGGGAACCUGAUGCAGCAGGGCCGUGGCGAGGUGGCGGGCGGCCUGGUCACAGACCUCGAUAACUGCUCCGUCAUGGCCGUCGACUCGGACGACCGUAGAUUCUGCUUUCAGGUCACCUCCUUCGACGGCAAAAAAGUCGUGACGCUGCAGGCGGAGAGCAGGAAGGACUGUGAGGAGUGGAUCGCAACCAUCAACAAUAUCUCCAGAAGGAUCUACCUGAGCGAGAAUGCAGAGGAGCUGGCAGCCAAAGUGAACCAAACCGCCCUGGAGGCGGUGACGCCAUCACCGUCCUUCCAGCAGAGACACGAGAGCAUGAGACCCAGCAGUAAGGGCCGAACGGGCCGAACGAGCAGCAUCAGCUCAGUCGGUUCUGAGCCGUCGCCCGCUCUGUCUGUCCUCUCCUUGGACGCGCUGGUUGCUCCGGACACGCCCAUCCAGUUUGACAUCAUCUCCCCGGUCACAGAGGAGAUCUCGGGUCAGAACAAGACGGCGGCGCAGCCCGGCAGAAGGAGUAAUCCGUUUGGAGAAUCUGGAGAUAAGUCAGCGGAGGACAGUGAAGAUUCGAUCCUCCACCAGCUGUUCAUCGUUCGGUUCCUCGGGUCGAUGGAGGUGAAGACCGCCGAGUCAGCAGACGUCAUAUCGGAGACCAUGAGGCAGAUCUUAGCCGCCAGAGCCAUCCACAACAUCUUCAGGAUGACCGAGUCUCACCUGCUGGUCACCUGCGACUGCCUCAAACUCAUUGAUCCCCAGACACAGGUAACUCGACUCAGGUUCCCGCUGUCCAGCGUCGUCCAGUGUGCGUCCCACCAGGACAACAAGCGGCUGUUCGGCUUCGUCCUGCAGGCGGCCGGAGGCCGAGGCGACUCCCGGGUCGUCUGCUACAUCUUUGAGUCCAACAACGAUGGAGAGAAGAUCUGCGACAGCAUCGGUCUGGCCAAGCAGAUAGCGUUCCACUCAGAGAUGGAAAGUAAAGCGGUGGAGAAGAAGAAGGAGCAGGACAAGGCCAAAGAGAAACAGCAGGAGGAGCUCAACAAGCAAAAGCAGAUAGAAAAGGAUUUAGAGGAGCAGAGUCGCCUGAUCGCCGCCUCAAGUCGCCCUUCUAACCUGCCCGCGCCUGAUGGACAGUUCCUGGUGCUCAGCAGCAGCCAAUCAGAGGAGAGCGACGUCGGGGAGGAGGGGAAGAAGCGGGGUGAGUCGGAAGCCUGACAGCUGGCGGCGCAGGCGUGAUUUUCGGCUCCCAGGUGAUUUCCGGCUGGCGAUUUUCAAACAGCUGAGUAAUCAGACUGAAAACGGACAAUGCGUUCCUAAAAACCCAACGCACCUCUACGCCAAGAGGAAAUGAGAAACGGUUUUUAUUCUGUGCAGAAAAAACACAAAACAAAAACACCGCUUUUAUACUGGCUCUGUAUUUAGAUUACCGGUAAGUUUCUGUUUUUAAUGUUCAAGUAAAAGUGAGGAGCCAGAUCUGAAGGAGCAGGAGAUUCGAACUGUUUCUCCAGCAGGAUGCCUCAUGAUGACUCUGUCUGCAUAAAAAGAAGAGAAAAAGCACAGUUUUAUUUUGAAAAGGCCUUCCUGUCGUCUGGCAUCCUGUGUUCAGGCACUGUGGCGUUUGGAUUCACCUUAGUUUCUACUGUCUGUACAUGAAGGCAUGUACAGACAGAUUUGUCAGCACACCUGCUGUAAAAAGCCGUUUUAUGUGUCGAAAUGAAUCAGGAUUUUAUUGCAGCAGCAACAUCUCACUCUGCACUGCAAAAACACAAAAUCUUACCAAGUAUUUUUGUUUAGGUUCUAGUGCAGAUAUCUUAGUUUUAUCUUAU